AUGGAGAUGGCAGUAAAUGUAGAAUCAAACAGUAUUCAGUGGACAUACCCUGCUAACCAAGUGGCAGGCCUAUACAAGUGUGAAGCUUACGGUAUCAGUCACAGUGGGCAUCCACACAACAUCUCAGCUGGUGUGGCGAUAAUGAGGACCGCAGUGAGCACUGACAUGAUUGUGACGAAGAUGAAGCAGAUGGAAAUCAAACUGAAGGAUCUAUCGACUCGCGUGGAAAACUCUAAGGGUGCAAUAACUCUAGCCUCGACCAACUACAGAGGCCAUCAUUACUUUGUCUCCGAACAACUGUGGGGAAACGUGUUUGAAGCAAAUCGUCUCUGCCAACUGUAUGGAGGAUAUCUCGUGGAGAUCAAUGACCGACAGGAGUUUGACUUCCUUAUUGACUUUCUCAACAAACACACAUAUCUUGAGAGGGUUUGGGUAGGUGCUACAGAUAAGCAUCAUGAAGGAACUUGGACUUUUAUGACAUCUGGGGGUUACAUGACCACUUUUGCGUGGCAAGAUCAAGAGCCAAGUGGUGGGUCAUCGGAGAAUUGUAUGAGUCUACACAUAGGAGAUAAGGAAAUGAGUGAUGUCCAUUGCUACCAGCCACAUCCAUGGCAAAUGAACGCCUUACUGUGUGAAAUUCCUGACGGGGGUCUUUAA